AUGACUACUACUACACCAAUAACCCCUUUACACUCUAAACAGGGUCAACAGCAGCCUUAUGCAUUUGUGAAAAGCGAUCCUUUCACAAAUCAAGGCCCUCCUGGAUCUAUGGAAAGCAAAAAGAGAUCGUUGGAUCAAAUUGAUAACGGCAAUAAUAACCCUCAUGGCCAUGGCCAUCAUAAAGCUGGUCUUUUGCCCUCGGCCUUUGAAUUGACUCCCCCUGAUUCUGACCGUAAACCUUCUACUCCUACUCAUCACAACACAUCUCUGCACCGUCAGCAACCACUUCCUCCAGCAUACUCACAAUUCUCGAUUGUUUCAAAUGACAUGAGAAUCAAGCACGAACAGUUUGGUCCUGAUGGAUCUCGAAAUCAAAAUAGCCAUAUGCAUGUGUUUAGCCAAGAGAACAUUGGUAUGAUGAACAAUCACAGUGCUGCUGCUGCCGCUGCUUCUUUACAACAUGACAGACAGGCUCUUUCUACCAUUCCUGCUCCAAACCAUUUACCUCCUCAUCACCACCAACAACAACAACAGAUGAGAAUGGCUUAUGAAAAUGAGCAACAACAGCAACAAAUGCAGCGUGCUCAUGACCGUGCCUCUGGCGAGGAGAUUACUACUCCUAUGCACAUUCGAGGUGCUCCUAUCUCCAACGUCGCUGCUUACACCGGCUAUCUUUCUCGUCAAAAGAAGGAAUGCGGUGACGACGCCAAUAGCACUGUCUGGAGUCAAGACGUUGAAGAGGCUUUUAUGGAGGCAUUACGAAGAAUCCCCAGGGUGGGUCGUCGUAAGAUCACUGUUCAAGGUAGACCAUGUGGUAGAAACGAGCUUAUUGCUGAUUACAUCUACCAAAAAACUGGCAAGACCCGUACUAGAAAACAAGUGUCUAGUCAUAUUCAAGUAUUAAAACACUUGCUCCGUGAUGAUGCUGAAUUCAUGUCGCUCGUGGCUGAUAGCCCAUCAAAGGACGGCUCGUCUAACGGUAUGAUCCCUAUUGUAUCACCCAUCUUCUCGAAAAACUCGGCUGGUUCCAAGGAACAAGAGAAUGUUACUGGUCCACGAGCGGAUAUUUUCAUGGCAUCCCCUAACAAACGACCAAGGUUCAACAACCACCCUUCUUCGCCUUAUAGAUUCCCCAACAAUACCCCCAUGAGAUCGGCUUCUACCAUCGGCAUCCCAUUGAGCAAUUCCAAUCACAGUCCUAAUGGUUCAGGCAAUCCAUUCCCAGACGGAGUUUCUCCUCUUAACUUUUGCAUGUGGAAACAAGUUGGCAGUCAAAUCGACCGGAUCUAUACCCAACUAAUUCGUCCCCAGUUUGAAACUCCCAUUAAACCCAAGGCUUUUGAGCAUAUUGCUACCAGAUUCCCUGCUAUUGCCCAGUUACUUGCAUCCCCUUCAUUCAAGCGCACCGUGCCUCUUGUUUACGGCAAAGUCAUGCUGAACAUUUCCGAUGACGCUGAAGGACUUUCUGCUGGCCAAUUCAAAGCUGAUGUACAAUUCACCAUUAACAGUCCAUCUUCCAGUAACAGCAACAGCAGUGGUUCCAACUCUGCCCACCUCUUGUCUCCUUCAAACACAGCAUCUCCAGGAGGCAGCCGCAGAAGCCGUUUCCACUCUUACGAAUGUGUCACCAACAUCACAUCCAUGGGCCGCGACCUGCUCGAGCUUAAAGAUAAUGUUCCCUUUGCCGAGAACCUAGCUCAAAGAUUUGAUCGGCUGUUCAUUCCCUUUACUCCUGAUUUCUGGCUACCAUUUAUCAACGGAUUCAAUGAGAACGGCAAGUCUGAUGUUAAACGUAAUCCACAAGCCGCCAUUGCUGCUAUCACCGUCACCCAAAAGAUCAUCUGUCGUCAAGAAGACUCGUCCAAGAUCUGUGCUGUGAUUGUCUAUGAGUUUGAAAAGGCCGCCGAUAACUUCUCUGCCCGUACCGUCUUUCGACGACUGACAUUCAACCCCUCCGGACAACAUCCUCAUCAUCAGCAACAACAGCAACAGCAAAGAAUCGAGCAACCACAGUUGAAUCCUGCACCUCAAUUAGAUGCAUCCUCACCACAGCAAUACCAAUCCAGUUCACCCAAACUGCCAACCACUGUGCAACAACUUCCACCCCGAUCUCGAUCAGUAGCAUUGUUCGACUCACCUCUUGCUCACCGUGGCAGCCAGAAUAAUCCCAGUGUUCAGCUGUCACGACAACAGAGCAGUCCUCAACAAGCUACUUAUGAUAUUGCCCAACUCCAGCUUUACGGACAACCUCCACUAUCAGCACCCAUGACACGAUCCUUCUCAGUGGCAGCAGUCCACCCGCAAUCACUGUCAUACCCCAUCUCUGCUGCCCCAGUGGCCAUUGCUCCCCAUAGCGGAGAGUCACUUCUCGACACGGACUCUUUCGACAACUCGGCUUAUCCUGUUGACAGCGAGACCAUGGUGCGAUCCAUGACUGCUUUCGUUGAGUCCUCCGCCCCAUCCUGGACCGAGAGCGAUCUCAUGUUCUCCAACGAUUGGUAUGCUCCUCACACCGUCGGCAAGGGCCAACUGGACGAUGUCUCAUACAGCGAAAUGAACACCCCCCUCCGAGUUGGCCGACUAUCCACUGGACUUCUCGACAGCCCCUCGUCCGUCGGCAUGAGCCGAAGCCACACCGACAUCGGCAGGCCCUACUAA